AUGACGCGGACGAAACAAACCUGCAAGAAAUCGACUGGUGGCUUGGCAAAACGAAUCGCCAUCGACUUUGCUCCUUCCACCGUGGAUCUCAACUUGGAUGCCACAAUGCAGGAGAUGUUGUCAGAUGAGGAGACAGGAGGAAAUGAGAAGGAAGAGAUGGUAGCUUCUGAGGAUUGGGCAGAUCACAAUGAGUGGUGCAUCGUCUGCCGGGGCGGUUCAAGUGGGCAUGAGUCUCUGCAGUCGCUGUCAACCACGAUGACAUCACAUUCCAAUGCAUUUGUUGCCACCUGGCAGUGCAAGGCCGUGGAGUGGAAUCGCGCUCCCCGUACUUUGAAUAAUUUACCGGUUUUGCCCACCUUCCUCCCAAUCCACAGUGCACUGGAAGUAUCUCUGCAAUCACAGAUUGCUUCCACGCCAGUUGUAUUGAUUAAUCUCGCUCUUGUCGACUAUGAUACAUCCGGCGGACCUUUCAAUCUCACCUUCCAGUUCCUGUCCCCAUACUUUCCGCAUGGAGGUAUCGCAUUCCACGAGCUUGUCUUUGACGUGGGCUCGAGGGCAAAGAGUCGCCAGUAUCAACUUGAGGUAGGCGAAUUGGUCCAAGGCCUAGCAUCUCAGUGCCACUGGCCGCACAUUGUGUUCGUGAUCUCCAACCAUACAGACGAUGAUCUUGGAGAUCCAUUCCUGGGCUAUGAGAGCAAGAAAACAACAUAUGUGGCUGGCCGGGUUGACAGUUUUUUGGACAUCAUCCUGACGCUAUGGCAGCCGCUCAUCAAAUGCGCCAAGCAGUCUUACUUGUGGCUGUUGUCUUGUGGCACGCUGAUCAACAACACUGAGUCUUUUUCAUACUUGCAAACCACUGUCCUUCAUCAUCACAUUACAGCUACUAUCUGCUUCAAUGCCAUCCAUUUCCAGCCGACUUUUAUGGCUCCUCUUCUUCUGGCGUUUGCAGAACAAGUUCUGAUUGAGUCUCUGCCUAUUUGCGAAGUUUUUCCGGACAUGCUUAUGCAGUCCAACAAACUGGGCAGACACACUGACAUGUUUUUGUUGACUACUGAUGCUGGUCAUUCCUUGGAAAUUACUAGAUUCACAUGGAUGCAUUGUCAAGAACGCCCUUGGGGCCACUAUCUUCCCCUUCAAUGCCCCCAGUGCGGUGUGGGUGAGGAAAGUAGACUCUGA